AUGGCUACCCAGAACGAGAAGAUAGCCACGUUGUCUGAGACCUUGCCCCUGAAGAGCAACGAGGACAUGGACGACUUCGAUGAUGCGAACGUGGCAUCGAGCUGCAGGUGCUUCGACAAACUGUGCUUCGGAUGGAGGGGGAAGAGAGACGAGUCCGUGGACUGCCUGUUGGCGCAUCAACCGGAGGAAGCGAGGGAGACAUGGUUCGUGCAGAACCUGAAGAAGGUCCAGCACGUCUCGGAGGUCCUGGCGGGGCCGAAGUGGAAGAACUUCAUCCGGAGGUCUGGUCCUAGAGGGGUCGGCAAGAAGAGGAGGAACCAGUUUCACUACGACCAGCGCAGCUACGCGCUUAAUUUCGACGACGCGUUCGAGAGAGAAGAAAGCUUGCCUCCUAGACUCUGA